AUGCUUGGCGAGUCGCCUUUUUCGCGUUUCUUUCCGGGCCCUCAGGCCAUCGAGUCCGAUCGGCGUGUUGCGUCAGACGAAACAGAGCCGGGUUCGGAUAGACGAUUUUUCGCAAGAUUGACGGCACUGGCAUCCUGGCGCAGUGAAUAUAUCCUGCGUACCCGUUUGAUGCGGUCAUUAGGCCGAGGCAAGCCGGCGCAGUUUCAGCCAUCUAAGAAACACGGCACAGUGCGAUCCGCAACCGCUCGAAAUGGUAGCGCAGUGUGCACGUACACAUCGAACUUGCUUUUUCCAGUGAGCAAGAUCCACGGAUCGUUCAACGCCGACAAGGAACCCACUUUCAUUCAUGGGGCGUCAGAACAAGGCAUUGCUUCUACUAGUGACCCAUCAUUGGUGAAAGUGAGUACCUGGGGUCUUUCCGAUCACCAGAUGUUCAGACAUUUUGCCGAUAUCUUUCCGGGCGAUGCUCCCUACGGUCUUGGAGCAGGAGAGAUGGUUGGAACGUCCAACUCUAUGGAUGUCAGUCAACCCUACGGUAUGAUCUAUGGCGAAGGAUGUCCCCAAGGGCGGAGCUAUUUCAUCUCUACCACCGAACAACGAGGUCGCUUCCUCGGUGCUUCGGAGCUGGGUUCUCACCCACAUCUGGGCAUCCCUGCAGUCAAUCACAUCACAACUGCUGUAUGCUCGGUAUGGAUCGCCAAGUCAUCUUCGAUCCUCAAGACAACCGGAGGCCUUGUGGCCAUGAUGACGGGCUCUUCUUCCGGUGUACUCACAGCUUAUGCCAUGGGUCCUCAUCCAACCUACGAGGGCCGGUAUGAGCGAGGACAAGUCACUGCAAAAUGGGUCCUCAGCCCCGGUGUUCCUAUCAUCGGGAUCGCCGUGGACGACAAUUACUCACUCAAGCGCCAUUCCCAGGGACGAGUAUGGGCCGUGGUUCUUAAUGCGCUGGGAGAGAUCUUCUACAUUGUCGAUCUUCCUCCGAAGCCCGACAUUCCGCCUAAUGCCAAGUUGAGCGCGGAGCAAUUCGAUGAGCUAGCAUGGAAGACAGGAAGAAAUGUCCGCUGGGAGCUUCUUGAACUCAGUCGCCGGAAGGCUCGACCUGACCCUUUCAGUCGGGAAUUGGUUGACGGCAGUUAUAGCCCGCGAUCGUCCUCCGCUUCGAUGCAGCUCGAUGUGAAUCAAAUUGCCGCAGAGACCAAGGAGAUCGAGAAAUUCCUUUCUUUCAAGCCUAAACACUUCCGAAAGCUUUGCGAAGGCUGGAACAUGGAGCGUGAUUUGCAAGUGGAUUUUGCUGGAGAUGAUGGCUCCGGGGCCGGAGAGUCAGUUAUCGUCAUCGCUCGUGGAGGACGCGAGGCUGGAACCGCAUCGGUUCGAAGAUAUGUUCGCACGGCGGCGGAACUUGGCUCAACGUCGCGUCCGCCAACCCCAGGCUCCCGUCCUCUUGAAAAGAAGUCCCACGUCUCUCUCUUCGGUGGCCCGACGAGUUCCCCGAGUCCUACGCCCGGCGAGAGCUUUCCGCCAUCUCGUUCGUCAGUUCGAUUGACUGCUGUAGCCGGCACUGAGUGGCGGAUCUCGGACUUCACUUUUGACGAUCAGAAAUCGGUCGAAAUUACCACCAAUGCUCUGGAUAAUUCUACCUGGGCUACACAAACGGCAGAAGAAGACCCCCUCCUCGGCAUGUCGGGAAGUUCAUUGUCCUCUGCGACCUCUUCACCCAUGUUGCCUCAUAUGGAACAGCCACGGUCGAAUAUUGAGAUUCCUGGUCAACGGGCUCGCUAUCUGGCCGUGGGCACUGGUAACGGUAUGAUCUUUGUUUGGAACAUCCGUGCACUUGCAGCGCAGAAUGCGGAUGUUAUCAACUCGAUCCCCCCCACUGCGAUGCACGGUGGUAACGAUGGCCUAGUCCAGGCAUGGGACCCAUUGGCGUCAUCUACUCGCCCAAUUCGAACUCUGAACUCUCGGUUCUCAUCGCGUGCUCGUCGUCGACUGGUACAGGCCGAAGCUUCCAUGUUCGGAGUUGGAAACAACUACUUUGCAACGGGAGCUAUCUGUCUUGACCCCGACCCGACGAACCUGCGUGGAAUGGUUUCGCUCGGCACGCAUCUUCGCUACUGGUCCUACAGUUCAUCCGCUGCAGAUCAGUACAAUGCCAGCAAGCGACGUUUGCGCCAUGGCUUGCGCGGUAGCAAUGGUGCGGCUGAAGGCCAACGUUUCAACAACAGCGGUCGAGGUGCAAUCCGGGACUUCAUCGAAGACGAGCGCGUUGAAUUGGCGCGACAGCAAAUCUCAGACGAGAAGGAACGAGCACACCUCAGCGCCCGUUUUGGCGUCGACCUCCUCGGUCCUGAUAUUGACGAGGAGCAGCUUUUGGCAUAUGCUCAGCUUCUUAGCCAGGAGGCUCACCCUGGCGAGGUUGCCAAGCAGAGUGAUCAGACUGCAAUCGCAAGUUCUGCUACUAGCACAUCAUUCAGCGAUGCCGUUGGUCCCAGCUCUUUCGGAUUGGGGGAGGUCUCUUCCUCCUCAUCCCCGUACCAAAACCCCACAGACGAUGACGAGAUGACUCUGCCGCCCCCCCCAAUCGACCAAACCCCAUCCAUUCCCAUCAAGUAUGCCAAGGGGGUGAAACCACCUCAGUCAUCGUCCCCUGGGGCCGCGGAGAGCAGCCGACAACAAGAAAUGGACGACCUGGAAUUUGCGAUUCAGCUCAGUCUGGCGGAGAAUAAGAGUCGUGGAAAUGUGGAGGAACAGGACGAAUGGGAGGAAUUUCCAGGCCUCGAUCCGCCGCCUAUGUCGACUCCUCAAUCUUCUGCCAAGGGCAAGGGCAAGGCGAGAGUCAUGUGA